AUGCGUUUGGCGGUCCUCGCACCCGGAUGGGGGCCAGCAUGCUUCUUGCUGCUUUCGUCUUUUUCAUGGUGGAGUCAGCUUGAAGGAGCCAGUGGCACGAGCAUUAGACCAGUGGCAUUCCAGGCUCUGGGGUUUGCUGAGGGUUCCGACAGUGGGACCGGUCCAAGAGAUGAAGACAGCGAAGAGGAUGCACCGCCGGUAGCACGCCCUCGGGUGAGGGGGUUGCUGAGGCAUCUUUCUAACAUUUUCCGCAGUUCGUCAUCUAGGGAGCCGGAAAGGACAAGGCUGCUCGAAGAGGAGGGAGACGCACCUCCUUUCAGCACGGGCGCCAGACGACGUGGACGGUCGAGGCCAGGAGUACGUCGACCUGCACCAGCCGAACCUGUUGCAAAACUUCUCAAAUUUUUAGACGACCACGUCGCCACAGAGCUCUCAGAUUAUGAAAGUUUGUCGAUGAAUGGCGAGUUGAAGCCGCAGCAUGUGUUCUUUACAAAAGGCGAGACUGGGUCACCGGCUGUCUCCUUCUUUGUCCGACGGGUACCCGUGGCAGCCUCUGGAAACUUACCAGAAGUCGUCGAAGCAAUAGACAGGGCAAUACCGCCGCGGAAGAAAUUUCGGCUCGAAACGUCGUCCUGGGAGGCGGGGCUUUUCCUCGAAAGGCGGUCGCUUGUAAGAGACACCAUCUUUCGAGCUGUAGGUGCCGACGGUUCACUGGAUAUGAUGGUUUUCCCCGUACCUGCGGGAGAAGAGGGAGCUCGGCGAGUUGCCAAGUAUGAGGACGAACUGCGAGCGGAACUGCGUGUGUUACAGCUGCUUGCCACGGGAUCUCCCAAGCAAACCGCCACAGUAUUUCGCUGCAGAAUUCCAAUAGAAGCUGCCCCGCUGCACAAGACACCUAAGAUCAUCGAGCUCGGCCCGGGACACGCGAUGCCGAACAUUGUGGUUUUUUAUCCAAGCUCGCGUGUAGUUCUCACGACAGUCUCGGAGGCAAUAAAGGAGGCGGCGACGGAUCCCUCCUCUGCAUCUGUUGCUCUUGCGGCGCAGCUGCAUCUGACAAUGCAACUCGUGAAGGUCAUGGCGGUCCACGAUUCUCGAGGCAUUUUACUUCCGAACUUGUCGAUGAAUAACUUCGUGCUGCGAAGAGAUGGAGCGGUGUUCCUCACCGGAUUUUCAUCGCUUGUGGAAGCGGGCAGGACAUAUUACGAGGCACCGGAAGGGAAGCUUGCCACAACAGCUCCAACGCGAUUUGCGAACGGCAGAGAGUAUACUGCUCUCGAUGUGGCACCUGCUUUGGCUGAUGUCCUCUACAAACUUUGGUGCUCCGGGCCGCCUCCUUCGCAGCAGCCAGAGGGGUCGUCAGACCCCAAGUUCUCGAACUGCGGACAAGGGAUCCCCGGACCUGUGGAGCGCAUCAUUGUUCAUUUGUACGGUGCUCGAGGCGAAGUGCGUUGGUCGGCUUUGGAGGCGUUCGAAAGUGAAGAAUACAAUGCAGUGAGGGUGUUGGAAUGGGACGUGUCUACGCGGGAUGAAGUCAGCGCUCUUUACAAGUAA